AUGGCCUGGAUCAGCAAUACCUCCUGGUUUAAUCACCUUGCUCUACAAGAACAUUUUAGGAGAUAUUUAAACAGUACUGAGGAUUACUUAGCCUUCCUGUGUGGGCCCAAACGGAGCCAUCUGUUCUUGCCCAUGGCUUUGGUGUACACUCUGAUCUUUGUUGUUGGCGUGGUAGGAAACUUCCUAGUUUGCCUGGUAAUCAUCAAGCACCGGAACAUGAAGACCCCUACCAACUACUACCUCUUCAGCCUCGCUGUCUCAGACUUGCUUGUGUUGCUUUUUGGGAUGCCACUGGAAGUCUACGAGAUGUGGAGCAACUAUCCCUUUCUGUUUGGGCCCAUAGGCUGCUAUUUCAAGACGGCGCUCUUUGAGACGGUGUGCUUUGCCUCCAUCCUCAGCGUGACCACGGUCAGCGUGGAGAGAUACGUUGCCAUCCUCCAUCCUUUCCGUGCCAAGCUAGAGAGCACUCGUAAGCGUGCACUAAGGACCAUCAUUGUGCUCUGGGUCCUCUCUGUCCUCUUUGCCCUUCCCAACACAAGCACUCAUGGCAUCAUGUUGCAGUAUUUCCCAAAUGGCACCCUGGUCCCUGGCUCUGCUACCUGCACUGUAGUCAGGCCCAUGUGGAUCUACAAUUGUAUUGUCCAGUUUACUUCUUUUCUCUUCUACGUGCUGCCUAUGGGGGUCAUAAGUGUGCUGUACUAUCUGAUGGGGCUAAGAUUGAAAGGGGACAAAUCUUUGGAAGUGGAGGAAAUGGCUGUGAAUGUUCAGAGACCAUCCAGAAAAUCAGUCACCAAAAUGUUAUUUGUCCUCGUGAUGGUUUUUGCUAUUUGCUGGGCUCCGUUCCAUAUAGAUCGACUCUUCUUCAGCUUUGUUGUGGAAUGGACUGAGCCUCUGGCUAAUAUAUUCAACUUAAUCCAUGUGGUAUCAGGUGUUUUCUUCUACCUGAGCUCUGCUGUGAACCCCAUCAUUUACAAUCUGUUGUCCCAGCGCUUCAGGAUGGCUUUCCUCAGUGUGAUCUCUCCUCGGUGCAAGCACUGGACCCCUAAACAUCCCGCUAGCAAGAUUCCCACCCAGCAGAGUAUCUUCAUGGCUGAGGACCACAAUCUGGCAGACUCUGCUGAAGACACAAGCCUCCCUGGCACCUACAGGACCUCUGUCAGCAGUUCUCAGCUCUCCACUGGCCUGUGACCUUCCAUGUUGCCAUCCAGGUGGCAGAGAAGUGAAGGAAAAUAACUUUACGAAACAAAGAGACACUCUUAAAAGAUCGAUUUCAGCAAGAAGAGCUCACAAACUGCAUCUUGUCUGGUUGAAUGAAUGACAAGACUGUAAUUAGCAGGUGAUUGACAGUCAUUGUAUUACUCUCAAGCUAAUAGGAGGGCUGGAAAUCUCAGUUUGCUGACUGUAAUCUCUUCCAGUGAAGAGCUUCUUUACGCAAAUGGCAGAAAUACUCCCAAUGUUACCAGCACACAAGAGAGACACUGCUUAUCCAGUCUUACUGAAUAACUUUUUAUGCACCAGCCUAAACAUCAGAUUUUACUCAGCUUGACACGGGGCAGCUUUCUGCACAAGCCCUGAAUGCCCACCUCUGGCUUUAUGCAAGCUAGCGCCGCUUCUCUCUCCCAUGGCUAUUGCAAGGCCCCUUUGGCAAUAUGAGCAAGCAGACAUGAAUGAGAUGAGCUCUGAGCUGGGCUGAAAACAUCUGACACCAGCACCAGCAAUAGCUAAUACCAACCCACUGGUGAGUUAUUUUUUAGAAGUCUGAAAGUCACUACCACAUGUCCUCAUACUAUGCUGACAAUAUCCACGCAGUGCUGAAACGGCACGUGCAUACCACAAACUCAUCUACAUUACCUCAGAAACAACCAUUAUUGGGGACUGAGUAUGUCCCUAGUGUGACUCAUUUGCCUGAAAAGGAGCUAGAGUGGGAUAUCUGCUGAGGGCAGAUACCCAGAUGGGAUAAGGUUUUUUCCACAGGGGAAAGGUCUGUACCUCCUGGGAGAACACAGGUCUGAAGACACAAGGCAUUUCCAUCCGUGUGAAUCAUUGCCUCCUUGCAAUCAGCUCAUUUCCCACACUGCUACUUUGUCCUGUGCGUUGGACAGUUGUAUCAGUGUCCGUACGUCUGAGCUGAAUCUGACCAUACACAAAUGGGCUGCGGUAGGUCCCUGCUAGGCCCCACGUCCUGCAAUUUCCAACAGGUUCCUAUCAGUGCUUGAGCUUCAGUUUCUCAUGUAUUGCCUCUGCUGGUGAAUCCUUGUGGUUAUGCUUCAGCAAAAUUCACACCUGCUCACACCAGGUGGAUUAGAGGUCAGAGAUUUACAUGGGGCUAGCAACCACCAGGAAACAGCUUGGAAAGCAUUCACAACACACACAAAACACAAAUGCCUGCAGGAUCAGAGAAGCUGAUACAAAGGCAAUAAAAAUUGAGAGUUUUGCAAUGAUUUUUGCCUCUAAUGAGUUCAGGUUUUGCCUCUAAGCACAAUGUAAGAUCUGGGAAACUCUCCUGGGCCCCAGUUAUGCACACAGAUCCUGAAGACAGCACACUUCAAUCCACACUCACAUCUUGAGCUCCACUGACUGCAGGGUCAGGACCCUGCAGAGUUUUGUAAAGGGAGACCAAGGUUAAUCCUUUACAUGACAGCGAAUUUUUGUAAACUUCUGUGUCUUAAGUCUCAAAGCACAUUUGCUGCAUUUCAGAGAGAUGCAUCCCUUGUGCAUCACUAUAGCAGGCUGGGCUAAGCCACCAUGCUGGGCUCAGGCUUGGCACGCACUUCCACAGAAAAUCAUCUGAUGUGUGUUGUCAAGGGCUGGAACCUACAUAGUCAGAGUACACAGAGUUAUCACAGUGAAUAAGGACAAUAGUUUCUGAAGGAUGUUAGUUUCUGAAAGAUGAGAAACUGUAUGCAUAAAGGCUUACUCCAGUCCGUAGAACUGGGGAUCCAGAUGACAUUUAUCAUCGUAGGAGGAAUGGGUUAUAUUCUUGCUCUAAUGGGCUCUUACCUUGUUUUCCAAAAGUCUCUUGUUUUGGCCUCUGUCUGAUGCAGAUUCCUGGACAAAGUGAGACCUGGGGUCUCAUCCCAGCUGGUGACUCCUCUUUUCCUGCAGCUCAAGGUGAACUUUAGCCUAUGUUUUCUGUCAGACCCAUUUUACGAGCUGCAAUCUUGAGAAACAAGCCAUGGAAAGGGUAACAAACGUGCACUAGGCCUUGAAGAGAAAAGGCAAUCCCUGCUCCCUGAAGACACAGCUGAAAUACUUUGCCACCCCCAAGUGGACACUUGAGUGAGUUCAGUGGUGUUUACAUCUGUACUCAGUUUUGUAUUAUCAUUUUCUCUCUAGUAGUCAUUAAAGUGCAUUUUUCCUCUGGACUUCA